GGGCAGCUUCGGGGAGGCAGGGAGGGUGAUAAGCUCUGUCUCCUUACUGGGGUCCGAGUGAAUGGAUGCAUUAGAACUAAAGAGAGUUAGCUAGAUGAUGAAUCAGUGGACUUUAUAUGUACGAUACAAACUAUCCCAAAAGUCUUAGUGCAGUUUUAAGCUAUUAAGAAAAAAGAAAUGCUUUUUAAUGCACUAAGACUUUUGGGACACUGUGUAUGGAGAGAUGGAUGGAGGAUGCAUGAGCAGCUCAGGAGGUGUGAGCAACCAGGUGAGGCUCCCAAAUCAAAUAAGGCUCCCAAAUCAAAAAAGGCUCCCAAAUCAAAAAAGGGUGGUACUGUUUCUGAAAAGAAAAAGAAACUCUCUAAAAUUGAGCGACUGAAACAGCAACAAGAGGAGGAAGAAAAAAGAAUGCAGGAGGAAGAGGAAGCCCGUUUGAAAGCUGAACAGGAAGCAGCAGAGAGAUUUGAAAGACAACAAAUUGAAAAGCGUAAGUGGGAAGCGUUAGUAGAAAAGGAUCUACAAAGGAGAACUGAUGAACUUGAGGAACUUUAUUUGUUAGAGAAAUGUUUUCCUGAAGCAGAGAAAUGGAGAAAAGAGGUUAGAGUCCUUUCUAAAUGGGAUCAUUAUAUUGAGUGUUAUGGAACUCCUGAUCCUUCUGUAGCCCCAGAGAUGAAUACUUUCAUUAGCUUAUGGAAAGAAAAGAGAAAUGAAGAUAUUAAUGCUGUGAUGAAAGAGAGUAAACUAGUGCUAAAUCUAAUUGAGAAACUGGAAUUAAUCUUAUUGGAUACUCCACCACAUGAGUUGACAGAUGAACAAGUAGCACAAUACCAAGGAUCAAUCCUAGAACUGCGAGAACUUCUUCACUUUAAAUUCAAUGAAGCCACAGAAACUCUUCUUAAAGAAGCCAGUUCUUUAGGAGAUACUGACAGUGGAAAUAUGGAGACGAUCAUUAAAGAUGAAAACAUCACUUUGUAUAUUUGGGCAAACCUCAAGAAGAAUCCAAAGUAUAAAAAGAUAAAAUUUGGUGACACGCAAGUUGGAUUUGAGAUUCCAAAGGCACUAGCAACAAGUGAUAUUGCUUUCCGUAUCUUUCAUACUAAUUAUGAUCACUUUUCUCCACUACCUGUGAUUCAAAGACCAGAAAAACCAACAACUAUUGAAACCAUUAUUGAAGAUUCUGCAGAAAAAGAAACUCCUAAGGAGGAAGCGGUUCCUGAGGCAGGUGCAGAGGAGGCAACUGAAAAUCGGGAGUUAGUGACUUCUUCAGUUACUACAACAGAAAUAAGAACUGAGGAGGCCUCUGUUAAUUUCACAAAGAGUACUACCUCACUGAAAGAAGAAGCUGAAGCAAAAAAAGAGGAAACUGAAACAAAACCAUUAAAGCCUGAAUCAAUUUCAGUAGGUCCAAUGGCAACAUUACCAGAGAAAUCAAUACCAGAUGCUAUUACUGAAGCUGUUAUUGAUGAGGAUGUAGUUGAUUUAAGAGGAUUCACGCCACUGGGUGGAAUAUACCAUUUGAAUAUACUACAGCUUCCUCCACAGUGUAAACAAGUAAAAGGCUGGACCAUUGUGGAACUCAUCAGCGGAGGAUUACAGGCAUUCAUGUAUCCUCCAGACAUCGCAGAUGAUGUUUCUGAAACUGAAAACCCUUACCCACCUAUCGAGGUCAUGAUUGAAAUAAAUAAAAAUGUAGUGUUUUUCGAGAAACCUAUGGUCGCACGAUGGGAUUCAGAAGGCAAAGGUUGGCGAACUGAUGGCUUUGUCAGCCUCUAUUAUAACAUGAAGGAAAGGAUCGUGUCAUUCAGUGUGGAAUCUGUUUAUCCUAUCACAUUGAUUCAAGAUAAUCACAUUCAUAUGCCCUAUGAGUCAUGGGAACUGAGACCACUUUGUUUGAAUGAAGCAGUUUUAAAUAUUACUACAACAUUUACUGAUAUUGACAUACAAAUUAAGGAUAACCAGUGUAUGCUAGCCGCAGUUGAGCUAGGUGAUGACUAUGAGCUCUCUCAUUUGUUAGGAAAAUGGAUGACUAUUACUUCUUUAAUAAUUGCUAUGAAACAGACUGGAUUCAAUAUCUUCCCAUCUGAGUACUCUCAUGUCUACGUUGCUGUGAAUAACAAGGAUCCAUUAGUAGAAAUGAAGGCUUAUCGACAAAUGGCCCUAUUGGCAUCUGCCUUUUCUUUCAGUUGGAGUAAAUGGAAUAAGCAAUCUGGUCCUGAAAAAGUUGUUUUUAAGGCAAGUGAACUUCUCCAAAAAGAAUAUGUUGAGGAUAAUGAGUGGUCCCUUUAUAUGUUCAAUGGUGAAAGAGCCCAAAAACUCAAGAUUAAUGAACUCAGUGAGGCGUUUUCAGAAGAGUUAGAAGAUGAUACUGAAUUUCAUUCCACCUUAUAUCACAUGAUCAAGGACUUUACUAGUGAAGACGCACUGCAGAAAAUCAGGCAUUCAAACUAUCUAUUCAUUGAUGCUGUGUGCAAACUUCUGCUCUCUACUAGAGUGCUAACCUAUUCUUAAUGCCUGCAAGUGUAAAUUUGGUGAAUCAAGAACAUUUGAAAAAAAAAUCAGGUAUUCAUUCAGCUAAAUAUUACAAGAGGAGUAGAAUUUAAAUUUCCCAUUA